CAGUCAGUGCUGUGCCACCAUAGCAUCCUUUUCUCUUCGUUUUCAUUUUUCACUACAAAUUACAAAACACCACAUUAUGAGUAUGUUGCAAUAAAUUUUUUAAUAAGAACCAAAAUUAGUUUAUACUUAUCUGCUUCAUGCGCAUGAAUUUUGUUCACCUUCCAAGUCAUAACCACUGUUUUUAUACAAACAAAAGGAAAACAAUGUUUGCAGUUGCACCAUAUUAUUCUCCGGCCACUCCUCCGCCGUCGCCGGAACCAGCUCCGCCACCACUCCGCUCCUCGCCGUCACCAUCAAUGUCUCAGACGCCUCCGGUCACCUCGCCGUUGCCGGAAACUUUACUCCUUCCGGAUUCGCCACCACCGUCUUCACUUUCGCCACUUCCUCCGACAAUGCCGUUGUUGCCGUCUCCGUCGCCGGAGUCUCUGCCACCGCCGUUUCCACCGUUUUUCGUUACACCGUUGUCUCCGGCUCCAACCGCCGCAUCUCCGCCACCGCCGUUUCCAUUUGCCACGGCACCUGCAACGACAACGUUUCCACCGUUCGAAGUUACACCAUCGCCGCCAUCUCCAGCCGCCACUUUUCCACCUACAUUGUCAAAUGAAAUGAAUCCGCCACCGCUUCCGGCGGCGGACACGGCGACGGAGACUGUUCCUCCGCCGCCUCUAUUAACUGCGUUCACGGAACCUGACUUGGCAACGCCGUCGAGAACACCAAGUGAAAGUUUGCCGGUGGCUGUGGAAGUUCAGAAGCCUUCAACAUUCCACGUGUCAAGUGGACUCAUCGUUGGGCUUGUAAUUGGAGUUAUCGUUUUCGUGUUUGUUUUUACCGUUGGAUCAGUUCUAUGCAGACAUAGGAAGAAAAACAAACGCAAGAAGCUGUUUACCCCUCACUAUAAGGAACCGUCACCAUAUGUUGAAUCCAAGGGGUCUCAUGUUAUUCGAGUGCAAUCAAAUCCAACGCCGCCACCACAUCUCACUGAGGGUGGUGGAGCUUCUGGUUCUUUUAACUCAGUGUCUGUGAAAGCAAUCCCAAACCGUGCUCCAAGGGUUGGCUUUGGUUCCGUGAGUGGUAUUUUCACAUAUGAUGAAAUAUUAGUGGCCACUAAUUGUUUCUCUGAGUCAAACCUUCUUGGAGAAGGUGGUUUUGGGUAUGUGUACAAAGGAAUUCUCCCUUGUGGAAAGGAAAUUGCAGUUAAGCAGUUAAAACCAGGGAGCCAACAAGGAGAGAGAGAAUUUCAAGCUGAGGUUGAGACCAUUAGCCGAGUGCAUCACAAACAUCUUGUUGAAUUGCUAGGAUACUGCGUUACCGGGGCAGAGAGAUUGCUUGUUUACGAAUUUGUUCCAAAUAACACGUUGGAAUUCCACUUACAUGGUAUUGGGGAGGAGGGCAGCUUCUUAGAAUGGACAACGAGAGUUAAAAUUGCCUUGGGAUCUGCAAAAGGGCUGGCAUAUCUACACGAAGAUUGUAAUCCGGCAAUUAUUCACCGUGAUAUUAAAGCAUCUAAUAUUCUUCUUGAUUUUAAGUUUGAACCCAAGGUUUCUGACUUUGGCCUGGCAAAAAUCUUCCCUAACACUGACAGUUGCAUUAGUCACCUCACCACCCGAGUGAUGGGAACCUUUGGGUAUCUGGCUCCAGAGUAUGCAUCAAGUGGUAAAUUGACAGAUAAAUCAGAUGUAUAUUCCUACGGUGUCAUGCUUUUAGAACUUAUAACGGGACGUCCACCAAUCACUGCAACAGGAUCAAGGAACAAGAGCCUGGUUGACUGGGCUAGGCCAUUGCUUGCUCAAGCACUACAAGAUGGUGACUUCAACGAUCUUGUUGAUCCAAGGUUGCAGCAAAAUAAUGAAGCUCAGGAAAUGGUUAGAAUGAUUACCUGUGCAGCUGCUUGUGUGCGCCAUUCAGCCAGGCUUAGACCUCGUAUGAGCCAAAUAGUUGGAGCCUUAGAAGGUGUGGUUUCUCUAACCGAUCUAGUUGGAGAUAUUACACCGGGGCAUACCACAAUAUACAAUUGGUCAAAUAGUUCAGAUUAUGAUGCCAACCAAUAUCAGCAGGACAUGAGAAAUUUCAAUUUGGCAUUAUCAUGUCAGAAAUAUUGCUCCAGCGGUUAUGGUCUUCACUGAUCAGGAGCAAGUAGUGAUGUUCACCAAUCAGAGGCAUAUUAUAACAGAGGUCAGAGUGAGUGGAAUGAGUUGUGAACUCCAUUCAGAAUUAUGGUAAUUAUGUUCUGCUAAAGAUGUAAAGUUCGUAUUGUCCAGACUAGAGUGACUAGACGUUCAAAUUCUUGAUCAGUUUUCAAUUUUUUUAACAACUUAUUAUUAAAAGCUUCUUUUGCUUACUGAAUUAGAGAUUUCAAAAUGUGUGAAUUAAAGUAGAUUGAUUUGCUAAGAAUUAUAGUACUACUAUCAUUUUGUCUUUUUUAAAAAAAGUACAACUAUCAUUUUAAUAUUUAUUAUCGUCGUUGUAACUAACUCUUCUUGUCGUCGUUAUCUAUGUGAUGUUUUUAUCA